CUUUGGGUUGUUUGUCUGCUGAGCAGCUGGUUCCCGGAGCCCGUGGGCCUCCGGGCCAACGUGAGUGACAGCGACCUUCUCUGGGUUUACAAUUAAGGGCUUAAAACGCCGGAACGUACCCCACCGCUGGCCACCAGCAAUCCAGCUCCCUCAAUCCCUGCAGCCCUGGUCUGAUCCUGGAGACUGAAGAGGCCACGUUUGCAUUUGAACGGAGGGUAACGAAAGCCCCUGCCCUGCCACCAGGAAGGUGCCUGCCUGCCCUUGAGCUUGAAUUGUCUGAAGUUGUGUGAGCAGAGAGCAGAGCCACUGCCAGAAGGAAGAGGGGACGAGCCCCAGCAGGACCCUUUCUCUACACGUUUCCAGCCUGUGUAAGCAGCAAGGGCAGUUGAAAGAGAACCUGGAGCCAGGAUUAAGAAACUAUUUAUGAAACAUCUUAUUUUGUGACCAAGUCCUGUGGUCAGUGACGACAUAAAUGGCUCAACUCCCCAUGGGCAUUCACUUUCUCGCCUCAUUCUCCAGGGAUCAGUGGUACAGAGCCUUCAUUUUCAUUUUGACAUUUCUCCUGUAUGCAAGUUUUCACUUAUCUCGGAAACCUAUCAGCAUAGUUAAGGGUGAGCUCCACAAGUACUGCGCUGCUUGGGAUGAGGCCGAAGUCAGAUUCCACAGCCAGAGCCACAAAGCCGGGUACAUUCUCCCUGGCCAGCUCCCAGACAACGAGACCGACUGUGGCUGGGCUCCGUUCGAUAAGAGCAACUAUCAACAGCUGCUUGGCGCCCUGGAUUACUCCUUCCUGUGUGCGUAUGCCAUUGGGAUGUACCUGAGUGGCAUCCUAGGGGAGCGCCUGCCCACCCGGUACUACCUCACAUUCGGCAUGCUUGCCAGCGGAGCCUUCACUGCCCUGUUCGGGGUAGGAUAUUUCUAUGACAUCCAUAGUUUGGGAUUCUACGUGGUGACUCAGGUCAUCAAUGGACUGGUGCAGACCACGGGCUGGCCCAGUGUCGUCACCUGUCUCGGCAACUGGUUUGGAAAAGGAAGACGAGGUUUGAUUAUGGGGGUCUGGAAUUCCCAUACCUCCGUGGGCAACAUUUUGGGGUCGUUGAUUGCUGGCUACUGGGUGUCCACGUGCUGGGGCCUGUCCUUCAUCGUGCCGGGGGCCAUUGUGGCAGCGAUGGGGAUCGUGUGCUUUCUCUUCCUCAUUGAACAUCCCAAGGACGUCAGGUGCUCCUCUACCCUGUCUACGCAUUCAAAAGGCUAUGAGAAUGGUACAAACAGAUUUAAACUCCAGAAGCAAACCUUAAACAACGAAAAGAACAAGCCUCUGGACCCUGAGAUGCAGUGCCUGCUGCUGUCCGAUGGGAAGGGCUCUGUCCACCCAAACCACGUCGUCAUCGUCCGGGGUGAUAGUGGGAGUGGCACAGCUGCCAUCAGCUUCACAGGGGCCUUGAAAAUUCCGGGCGUGAUCGAGUUCUCGCUAUGUCUGCUGUUUGCCAAGCUGGUCAGCUACACAUUUCUCUUCUGGCUCCCGCUGUACAUCACAAAUGUGGAUCACCUUGAUGCCAAAAAAGCAGGGGAACUCUCCACCUUGUUUGACGUGGGUGGGAUCUUUGGUGGAAUCCUGGCAGGUGUGAUCUCAGACCGACUGGAGAAGAGAGCCUCUACCUGCGGCCUCAUGCUGCUACUUGCAGCCCCCACGCUCUACGUCUUCUCCACCAUCAGCAAGAUGGGACUAGAAGCUACCAUAGCAAUGCUGCUGCUCAGUGGGGCUCUGGUCAGCGGGCCCUACGCUCUCAUCACCACUGCAGUCUCCGCCGACCUGGGGACUCACAAGAGUCUGAAAGGAAAUGCCCACGCCCUGUCCACUGUGACCGCCAUCAUUGACGGAACCGGGUCUGUAGGAGCAGCCUUGGGCCCUUUGCUGGCUGGGCUCAUCUCCCCCUCUGGAUGGAGCAAUGUAUUUUACAUGCUGAUGUUUGCAGAUGCCUGUGCCUUAUUGUUCCUGAUCCGCCUCAUCCACAAGGAGCUGAGCUGUGCGGGGUCAGUGGCAGGGGACCAAGUUCCGUUUAAGGAACAAUGACCGCUCGAGCCCCAUGGAGGGAGUCUGGGCACAUCCUU